CCAUAAUCACAAAACAAAAACCAAAAGCGAGCAAGUCAUCGGCGUUUUCAUGGAUAGUCUUGUGUAGUUGAAUAUAAAAUUAAUUUCAAAUAUGUCCACCAAUAAAGAUGAGACUUUGAGACAGUUUUGCGAUGUUACUGGUGCUGAUGAGGGCCGCAGCAAGUUUUUCUUGGAGUCAUCGAACUGGCAGCUAGACGUAGCGCUGUCUAGUUUUUACGAGCACGGCGGAAACGCUGACGUGGCGCCUGCCAACCCAGCCGCCGCCGCGUCCUCACUGCCGACUCUCUCAGACAGCGAUAUGGAGUCCCCGCCUGGCUCACCGCUACAGCCGCAGAAAAAAGACAAGAAGAAGGCCCCACCUUCCAAGUUUGCUACUCUAGACUCCUUGCAGCAAGAGAGUUCUAGCGAUGACGAAGAAGGUCAAGCCUUCUACGCCGGCGGUUCAGAACGAUCUGGGCAGCAGAUCCUUGGGCCCAGCAAAGGCAGGAAGGAUAUUGUUACCGAAGUGUUCAAAAGUGUAAGAGAGCGUGGCGCGGUCGUGUUUGAAGACGAACCGUCCUCUACGAGCCGAGGGAGAUCUGCAUUCAGUGGCGUAGGAUACAGACUUGGUCAAACAUCAGAUGAUCAUGAGCCGAUACCAACUGGGAAUCAACAGCAACAAACUGACCAGCCUCGCUCCGUGCGUCUGCGACUGUACCGCGAAGGUUUCACUGUGGAUUCCGGGCCGCUGCGGCAGUACACAGACCCCGAUCACGCUGAUUUCCUCAAUUGUAUACGUAGGGGCGAGAUCCCCCCCGAGCUGUCGGGGUCUGGCGGCGAGGUCCGCGUGUCGCUGGAGGACCGGCGCCACGAGGAGUGUCCGCGACACAUCGCCAAGCCGCAGCCCUUCGCCGGCAAGGGACAUCUGCUCGGCAGCCCGACCCCACCAACAGUGGGGGCUACAGUGGGUGUAGCUUCCACCCCGAGCGACCGCGACGCCAACCUGCGCGCUGCACAGGAAGCUGUCAAGCUGGACGACAAGCAACCCGUUACUACUAUACAGUUCCGGCUGGCAGACGGCAGCAGGCUGACAGGGCGUUUCAACCACUCGCACACAGUUGGCGACUUACUCGAGUAUGUGCAGCGCGCAGAGCCUCUGUACCAACUGCACUCGUUCGCUCUACUCACGACUUUCCCAAGCUCUGAGCUUUCCGACCUCUCAGCAACGCUCGCGCAAGCCAAUGUCCUCAACACCACGCUACUCCAACGACUCAAAUAAAACCUUAAUCCAACCGCAUAAGGUCCAUUCUCACGGACUCUGCCCGUUCAGACACGUAAAAUGAUAUUUAGAUCGGCUUUUAGAAUUUUUUAUGUCAGGUUUUGACGUUUUGCGUGUGGAUAAGGUUAUGAAUGAACGGGCACAGACCUAUUUAACGCGAUCUCGCGAGUGAAACAGUGUAUCGGUCAAUAAAUAAAGUUUUUAAGUUCCUU